AUGGCUUCUUCGACCACCAUAACCGCGUGGUUGGAGGAACUCGUGCAGUCCCUUCUGCCCACAUCAAUUCCCCAAUCAGACAUCCGCAAAUAUAAAGAAGACUUCAUACGCCAGGUGAAGAAUCACGGCUAUGGGCCAACCAAUCAAUUUGAGGUUAUCGAGAGACUCACAGGCCUGGAAGAGAAACUUCAAGUGCUCAAUCUCGAUGAUGUCGCCGAAGAGCUAUAUUCUCGCCGUACGAAGCUAAACAUCACUGAAGACCGCUGGUUGCCUGAUGUGCUAGACCUCCUUCUUCAUCUUUCCAUGGACCCCGUUAACAAUAGCCGCGUCCGCAACCUUGAAAGGAUCCAAGCGAAGCCUCAGACGCCUCCGCCCCUGACAUGGAAAGAUAUUGAGGCGACGGAUCCAAUUGGUCGUGACGACAACAUCUGGGACAUCCCGGAGUAUAGUGAUCUCAGCUCGGAUGAAGACGAAGUUGCCGUCUCCACCACAACCACAUCGCCUGUCAGCAUAAAGCAACGAGGGUCGAUUGGGAAAGCAGUUUCACGGACGUUCGAGAAAGUAGGGCUAGCUCAGGAGGCAUCUUCAUCAUCCGACCUUGCUUCUUGCCAAUUCUGGAACAAGGCAGGGCUAUCUAUCGAGACGUCAGAGCAGCAAGCAGUUAGAGAAGUAUUGAUGAUGCUGAACGGAUUUCCCACAUCAAUGUUCAAUUUGUAUGGCAACGAGCUGAAGCCAGAUCCCCGCUACCGUCUUGUCAACCUUGAAGUUGAGACAUCUUCUCGACUCCUGACCCAAGCCGCCAACCUUGGCUCAACAAUGCGUUCUGUCAUGGGAUGGUUAGAGGACUCGCACAAUGAUGCCGUCAUGCAACUGAUUGAACAUCGGAUUCGUGACAUAUUAUUGGAAUUCCAUCGAUUCAUCACCCAACUCCAAAUGGACGUAGCGAAUGGAAAUUAUUCCACUGGUGUCAUCACCUUGCUGGAGUUGCUCCAUCAGACUAGUGGAGCAAGUGUGCCAUUAAAGUCAGUCGCUGGCCUCUUACUACAUAUGCCCAACAACGAGCCGGUCGCUGCUUUGAACGCCAUGUACAAACAUGUCAAUCUGGCAUACUUGUGCUUCGACCAACCCACAUUGGACACGAUUCUGCCAGUUUUUGCAUCAGCCUUUGAGAAGUAUGCAGUCCCUAUUGACGCAUGGGUUCAGAUGGGCGUGGUUGAGGGGAGUUCCUGCUCGUUUUUCAUCUCUAAAUCCGUUGCGUCAAGAAGUCCGGCCACCCUUUGGCACGAUUGGUUCUCCCUCAUUUUAGACGAGAAUAGAACUAUACCUUCUUUUCUCGAAAAUUACGCGCAGAGAAUAUUCGCUGCUGGGAAGACCGCCGCCUUACUGCAGUAUCUGAACCCUCCUGAGAAUAAAACACCCCUCAUUGAGCUUGGCCUGGCAAGAGCCGCGGAGGAAGCAUCCGAAAUUGCAACGACCUUACCAGUUCCGUUUUCUGCUACCUUUGAGAUGCUCAUCGAUAGACAGCUGUCCUCAGUCCUAUCGACCUCUACAGGUGCCCUGAAGGGGUUAUUGGAAGAGCACUUCGGACUUUCUUGCCUCCUCGAUGCAUUCCAAUAUCUCUAUUUGAGUAAAGAUGGCGCGGUGCUAGACAACUUUGAAGGCAAAUUGUUUGAUCAAAUUGACCGAUGUGUUGAAAUUUGGAAUGACCGUUUUCUUGUGGCAGAUGGCCUAGCUGAAACGUUCGCAGAGGUGAAGUGUAUUGAUUCGGAACGUCUCAAUGUGCAAUCUACAUACACUUCUUCACGAAGCAUGGAAAGUCGAAGGCGCUCAGUCAGAAUAUUGAGUGCUCUGACUGUAUCGUACGAUAUCUCUUGGCCGAUAGCAAACAUUAUUCUUCCUGAAGCAGUUACGUGCUACCAACGGAUUGCACUCACCCUCGGCCAGAUCCGCCGGGCCAAGUUUGUCCUUGAAAGACGUGCAUAUUUCUGCGUGCAAAGCGUCCCGUUACCUGGAGAGCCAGCCGUUCAAAAUAUGGCUCGAGACCUGUGCUUCACACUGGCUGUCUUUGUUAACAGUGUUUACGACCAUUUCACAAGUUGCACGAUUGCACCGAUGACCAAGACGAUGCGAAGCAGAUUGGAAGGUAGUGUUGACGAGAUGAUCUCAAUCCAUAACGAAUACGUUCGCCUGCUCGAGCUUGCCUGCCUGAGCGGCAAACGCAUGAAACCGCUCCAAGACAGUUUGCUAAGCAUACUGGAUCUUUGCCUACGCUUUACGGACAUCGUCUCGUCGCCUUUGACCGCGGCUAAGCAGUCUUCCAGAGAUUUCGAGGCAAGCUCCUUCAUAUCGGCUCGAAGUCACCGGCGAAGGAGAAGGAAAGUAGAACAAGAUGAAAGCAGCAGCAGCGAGGACGAGGAGGACGAGGAUGGCAUGGGAGAGGGGUAUUCCACGUUCAUCCUAGACGAGGAUACAUCUGUCACGGAAGAGAUAAUUAAAAUCAGGCAGGAAUUCACGAAAUAUGUGACAUUCCUCAUGGCCGGACUGAGAGGUGUGGCGAGGAGUUCAGGGGAAAUAGGUGAUCUGCUGGAAUUACUCGCAGACUCCCUGGAGGGUGUCUUUCCACAAAAAAGGAUCAGGGUAUUCUAA